AUGGGCAGGGACGGGGGUAGCGGCAUCCCAACCGGGCGGGAGGGAACUACCUCCACCGCCUUCGCGGUCGCCGACCGGACAUGCCAAAGGGGGAAAACCAGCCCCAAGCUGGCCCGGCUGGGCCCCCGUAAAGCCCCACUGCCAAGCUGCAGCAGGCCGGCCGAAGCGCCGCCGCCACCCAUCCACCGCCGCCGCACCAUCUCCGCCGCCGUGGAGCUCCGCCGGCGCGCCGAACGCAGGAGACCCGCCCAGCCGAUCUGGGCCCCGAACCGGGCGGAUCCGGGCCGAGCAGGUCCCGUCCGCGCCGCCCGCCGUCGCUGCUCGGCCUCCAGCCCAGGCUGCGCCACCGUUCUUCCUCCCACCCGGCGCGCGGGUCUCACGCCGCCGCGCCGGACCGCCGUCGGCCCGAGGUGCACCGCGCCGCCAAGGGGCCCCAGCGCCCCCGCCGCGCCGCGGGAAGCCCGCCCGUCGCUCCUCCGCAAGAUGUGCCAGGAUGAUGCCGCUCUCUGGCGCGGCCGGUUCCCGGUUGACGCCCAUGUCUGUGUUGAUGCCUGGCUCAACCUCCUCCGUUCCUCGUGCGUGUAA